UCUACAACUAUGACUAUAUCAACAACUGUGUCUGGAACUACAACUUCAUCACCAGUAAAUACAAAUUCCAAAAUAACUUCAGCCUCAACAUCUACAGUACCCACUCCAACAACACUUCCAACAACCAGGGCAUCAUCUACUGAAGCAUCAACUAGCACUUCAUCUACUGUUACCACAGAUAGUCAAACAACAGCUUCAACCUCUAAAACAACUCCAUCACCAACCACGGCAUCAUCUAGUACAGAAUCAACUAGUACUUCAUCUGUUGAAACUACAGUAAGUCAAACAACAACUUUAUCCUCAACAGCUACAGAAAACUCUCCAACAACACCUUCAAGUACUUCACAAUCCUUUAGUGCAGUUUCAACUACAACUUCAUCUCAGACCACCACUUCUGCAUCAACAUCUUUGGAAACAUCUACAGCAUCACCUACAACUACAACUGCAUCACCUACUGUAUCUUCAACUACCACUUCAUCACCAGUAACUACAAAUUCUGAAACAACUUCAGCCUCAACAUCUACAGUAACAACUCCAACAACACUUCCAACAACCAGUGCAUCAUCUACUGAACCAUCAACUAGCACUUCAUCUCCUGUUACCACAGAUAGUCAAACAACAGCUUCAACCUCAACACCAGCUGCAACCUCUGAAACAACACCAUCACCUACCACGGCAUCAUCUAGUACAGAAUCAACUAGUACUUCAUCUGUUGAAACUACAGUAAGUCAAACAACAACUUUAUCCUCAACAGCUACAGAAAACUCUCCAACAACACCUUCAAGUACUUCACAAUCCUCUACUGCAGUUUCAACUACAACUUCAUCUCAGACCACCAGUUCUGCAUCAACAUUUUUGGAAACAUCUACAGCAUCACCUACAACUACAACUGCAUCACCUACUGUAUCUUCAACUACCACUUCAUCACCAGUAACUACAAAUUCUGAAACAACUUCAGCCUUGACAUCUACAGUAACCACUCCAACAACACCUCCAACAACCAGUGCAUCAUCUACUGAAGCAUCAAGUAGCACUUCAUCUCCUGUUACCACAGAUAGUCAAACAACAGCUUCAACCUCAACACCAGCUGCAACCUCUGAAACAACACCAUCACCUACCACGGCAUCAUCUAGUGCAGAAUCAACUAGUACUUCAUCUGUUGAAACUACAGUAAGUCAAACAACAACUUUAUCCUCAACAGCUACAGAAAACUCUCCAACAACACCUUCAAGUACUUCACAAUCCUCUAGUGCAGUUUCAACUACAACUUCAUCUCAGACCACCACUUCUGCAUCAACAUCUUUGGAAACAUCUACAGCAUCACCUACAACUUCAACAGCAUCACCUACUGUAUCUUCAACUACCACUUCAUCACCAGUAACUACA